GUGGACUAAAGAUGGGGGAGAAAGGUGGUUGGCUGGAGGCUAACAGAGGAGACUGGUUGGCCAUCUUGGAUUCCCAGACCCAAUCCAGUGCAGCCAAGGGCCCAUGGGACAACAUCACUGAGCAGGCCAGGUCCAGAGACGACAUAGUGGAGGUCAGUGGAUGGGACAUCAUCCUCAACUCUGGGCUGGGGAACAACACUGUUAACCAGAAACAGACAGUGGAACACAAAACAACCACCAAACUUAAUCUCUAUGACAACAGACUGGCUGAGACCAAGGCGAGGCGUAGAUUUGGUCUGCGGGGACGGGGAGGCCAGGUUCGUAUGCAGCAGGAGCGAACAGACACAGACGUGGCUAGUGAUGCUCCGUCCUGCUCCUAUAUUUGUGAUUCAGAGAGACUGAUGGCGCCUCAGGUUAACCCCCUAACAGAUGCUGCCUUCAGCCUGCCUUCUAUAGGAUCUAUCAACUGGAACAUGGACCCUGUGACAACACAGACACUCCCUGGCCUUCGUCCUCCUCACACUCUCCUAAUGUUAAACCAGACCUCAGACAAUGCCAGUGCCUCAACACCAAAUGGCUACACAAGCCCGUUGACAAAUGAUAGUAGUAGCAACGCUAUCAGUAGAUCUGGUGGCAAAGAGAAGCGCUUCCAGUGUUCGUUCUGUGGGAAAGCCUUCAGUUUCGCCAAACAGGUGGAGAUCCACCAGAGGAUCCACACGGAGGAGAAACCGUUCGGCUGCCACCUGUGCGGGGCCAGUUUCUCCCACUUGUCCAAGCUGAAGAGGCACCAGAGGGUCCACACAGGGGAGAAACCCUACAGCUGCCCCCAGUGUGAGAAGAGGUUCUCCCACAAGCACCAGCUGAAGAUGCACCUGAAGAUGCACACGGGAGAGAGGCCAUUCGCCUGUAUGCACUGUGGGAAGAGGUUCUCAGAAAGGAGCUACCUCAGGAUACACCAGCAGAAAAUGCACACGGCCCAUGUAUAGAGUAUAGUGACAUGUAAUGUAGUACUAGUUAGUUUGUAGUUAAUUCUGUUGGUUUUGGAUGUAGUAGGGAACUGGAUGAGGUGAACUGAGGAAAGAAUGAGUAUGAUGAGGCAGAGUAGAUGAUAUGGUGAUGGUUGGUGAGAUGGUGUCUGUAAAAAUGCUUCACUGAUGAAGAGUGACAACUUAAUUCCCUUUAGGUUGAUACAGGUGUUUUAUAGUGAGAUAAGGAUAGUCAGUGCCUUAAUUCAUGUUUACUUAACAUAAAAUUGUGAAGCUGUUGUAAUGUAAUGAUGAACCUUUUCCAAAGUAUUCUAAAAUGAAUUUUUAUCAAAUCGAGGGUACCAGAUUUACUUGUCACGUAUCAUUUUGUGCAAUAAAAGUACUGUACUUCA